AUGAAACUUUCUAACACCCUUUAUCUUGUCUCUCUUGCUACCUCUCUUGCUGCUCCUACAGCUCAGCCUGAUACAGUUCUCAAUGCAGUUGCCAAAGCUGAUGUGGAAGCUGGUAUUUCUUCCGGUAUCCCUGCUGCUACCCCUACUGUCAAAAAAGUAGGUUCUCGUCGAAGCAUGAAAUUUAAGAGAUUCUCAAAGAAAAUGAACAAAAGAUCUUCUGACGAUACCGACAGUGAAGAUAAUGACUCUGGCGCUGAAACCGACAAAGGCAAAGAAAAUGCCACUGACAGUGACAGUGACAGCGAGGAUGAUCACAAACCUCGUCGUACUGGUUCUCCUCGCAAGAAGACACUCCGCAAGAAACUUGCUAAGCGUUCUCCUGAUACUGACAGUGACAGUGAGGACGAUCAUACUGACGGAAAUAAAACUGAUUCCAACAGUGACAGUGAUGAUGAUCGCAAACCUCGUCGCACUGGUUCUCCUCGCAAGAAGACGCUUCGUAAGAAACUUGCCAAGCGUUCCCCUGAUACUGACAGCGAGAACGAUCAUACUGACGCUGAGGCUGACGCUGAGGCUGACGCUGACACUGACACUGACACUGACAAUGGCAAUGACAAUGACAGUGACAGCGAGGAUGAUCACAAACCUCGUCGUACUGGUUCUCCUCGCAAGAAGACACUCCGCAAGAAACUUGCUAAGCGUUCUCCUGAUACUGACAGUGACAGUGAGGACGAUCAUACUGACGGAAAUAAAACUGAUUCCAACAGUGACAGUGAUGAUGAUCGCAAACCUCGUCGCACUGGUUCUCCUCGCAAGAAGAUGCUUCGUAAGAAACUUGCUAAGCGCUCCCCUGAUACUGAUAGCGAAGACGAUCAUGCUGACGGGAACAACGUUGGCACCGAUAACGAUAUUGACAGCGACAGCGAUGACGAUAAUCGCCGCAAGCCCACUUCCACAACAACUUCAGGCCGCAGAACUCGUGGUGCUACUGCAACCGCUACUGGUGUGACAUUGUCAACUGGGAAUGUGAUUCCGCCCACUUCUGUUGCCAGUGCUUAA